AAAACAAAGAGGAUAUUGAAUUACUUUUAGUUGACUUUUGUUAGUGAAAUGUCUUCUCUUACAGAUCUUGUGAACCUUGACCUUUCAGAAUCCACGGACAAGAUCAUCGCCGAGUACAUAUGGUUCGAUCGCGGAUCGGGUACGGAUUUGAGCAGCAAAGCAAGAUUUCUAAUUCUUCUUUUGGUUUUACAAACUCUUAACGGAGCUGUUAGUGAUCCUUCUGAGCUUCCCAAGUGGAGCUAUGAUGGUUCUAACACUGGUCAAGCACCUGAAGAAGAAAGUGAAGUGAUCCUCUACCCUCAAGCCAUUUUCAAGGAUCCCUUCAGAAGAGGCAACAACAUUCUUGUUAUGUGUGAUGCUUACGAUUCUGAUGGACAACCAAUUCCAAAAAACAAGAGAUAUGCAGAAGAGCCUCGGUGGUAUCAUAUUCAGCAAGAAUACAUCCUGUUCCCUCUUGGCUGGCCCGUUGGUGGUUACCCUGGACCUCAGGGACCAUACUACUGCACUGUUGGUGCUGAAAGGGCAAAGGACAUUGUUGAGUCCCAAUAUAAGGCUUGUUUGUACGCAGGAAUUAACAUUAGUGCUAUCAAUGGAGAAGCCAUGCCAGGGGAGCAUUCUUCAUAUUUCAUAUGUUGGCAAUUUCAGGUAGGUCCUGUUGUCGGAAUCUCCGCUGGUGAUGAACUCUGGGUAGCUCGCUAUAUUUUGGAGGUAAUUUAUGAAAUUGCUGGAGUUGUGCUUUCUUUUGAUCCCAAGCCGAUUCAGGUCAAUUUUCCUUGA